AGCAUAUAGCAUCUUUGUUUAAUAGAAUAAAAAUAGUAACUAAAAUUACCCAAUCAGAAAUUGACACGUCAUCCUCAGGACAUCUCUGAUCUGAACCAUGGCCCAAACGGCCCAUAUCUCUUUCUCUCUAUGCCUCUACUCUGUCUGUAUAUACACCAUUGAAACAAUUCGUUGUCUUCUUCGUUGUUGACCAUUUCUGCACUCAACGAUCAACUCCUUUCACACUCAACUUCUUAAUGUCCAUGGCGACUUUCAACUCUCGCGCGAAAUUUGAGUUGAUUUGAAUUUUGAAGUUAGAUUGUGAAGAUAUAUAAAGUGAUAAUGGCGACUAUAGCUGGAGUUAUCAGUGGUUGCGUUUCAUCUUCGAGUUCAUCUUCAUCAUCGUUUGGAAAACUGAAAAAUUGUCGCAAGAAGAAAACGACGAUGAUCAGCGGUGGUGCUGGUAAGAGGUUUCGAAUUAGUUGUGAUUUCUCGAAUUCUAUUGCUUCAGAUCCAUACAAAACACUGAGGAUUCAUCCUGGAGCUUCUGAAUCUGAGGUCAAAAAAGCUUUCAGACAGCUUGCUUUGAAGUAUCAUCCAGACGUAUGCAAAGGAAGCGAUUGUGGAGUCCAGUUUCAUCAAAUUAAUGAAGCUUAUGAUAUGGUAAUGAGCAAUUUGAGGUGUGAAAGAAAAGAAGCAGAAAGAGAAGAUGAACCGUUGGAUGAAAACACGAGAGGAAUGGAGGAUCCAGAUUGGGACAUGUGGGAAGAAUGGAUGGGUUGGGAAGGAGCAGGUAUUCGCGAUUAUUCUUCUCACAUUAACCCUUACAUCUAAACCCCCUUUCUUUCACCAUCAAUCACCAUCUUUCUUAAUUGUAACCUUUAUAUUUAAAUUCUUACAUAUAAUUAUCUCAAAAUUAAAUUAAAUCAUAUAUUAAAAAUACAAAAAUCAAGUUUUUAUAUUAAUCUAUGUAAAAAAGAACAUUAAUAGAUAGAUUGAGAUCACGUGAGACUAGCCUGUUUUCGUUAGAUCU